AUGGAGCAAUUCGCCACCGCUGCCACUGCUGCUGCCAAGGCCGCUGCUGCAAAAGCAGCUGGGAAAGCGGAUGUCAAGGCGGAUGGUGGUGCUAAUGGUGGUGAUAGUGGGGGUAGCUUGGCGCGCAGCAAAAGUGUGGUGCUGGUAAAGAAUCUGCCCUUCAAGGUGGAGGCUGGCGAGCUGGUGGGGUUGUUCCAGCGGUUCGGACCGGUAGCGAGGUUUGUGCUGCCGCCCACCAAUACUGUUGCAUUGGUGGAGAUGGCCGAUUCUGCUGAUGCCAAGAGGGCCUUCAAGGGCCUAGCUUAUAAGAAAUACCAGCAUGUUCCUCUGUACCUGGAAUGGGCACCAAAAGGAAUCCUCCUAGAACCCGCAACGCCAUCGAACGCGCCAACCACAACAGCAACAGCAACUUCUAGGGAAGCGGGUGGGGGGCCAGGAGAGGGAAGAGCAAGAGAAGAGAACGAGGGAGGCGAGAUGAAGAGUGUAAAGAAGCAGGGAGCAGUGGGGCUUUUGCCUGUGGUGAUGGAUGGGAAGGCGGCCAGGCGUGUGGCUGCUGAGGCGGAGACCGUGGGGGGAGUGGCAGGGAGAGAUGGGGGAGGAGAAGGAGGGGAAGGGCAUGCGGUGGAAGGGGAGGAGGAUGGGCAGGUGAGCCUAGCAAAAGGAGGAACAGAGGGGGUGGGUGGGAUAGGGUUGAAGGAUGUGCUGGGAGGGUGGAGGGAGCCCACGAGCCACAGUGUGUUUGUGAAGAAUCUGAGCUUUGCCACCACAGAGGCACAGCUGAAGGAGCACUUGGAGAAGCUUCUUAGAAGCAAGCACACCGGGGCCAAGGGGGGCCCAUCCAUACGCAGCGUCACGGGAACUGUGCUGGAUGGACAUGCAUCGCUGCUGCAGUUGAGCAAAGGGGAGGCGAAGGGGGGUGAGGAGAAAGAAGAUACAGCAGGGGCAGGGGGCAAGGGGAAGGAGAGCUCGACCAAAGUGAUGCUGAAGAGCAUGCGGCUGGCGCGCAAGUUUGACAGGGGCCACCGGAGGUUUGCGUUUGUGGAGUUUGCCAGAAAGAGGGAAGCAGAGAGUGCCUUUGAUGCGCUCAAGAGCACUCACCUGUACGGCCGCCACCUCGUGCUUGAACGGGCCAAGGAGGGUGAGGGGGCUGACGAGCUACGUGCCAAAACUGCCGCCCAGUUUCUGGACCAGGCCCUCAGAUUGGUUUAA